AUGAAGAAGAAACGUGACAGUGCUCAAGGCGUAGAAAUCAGGAAUGGCGAUGAUGCUGGGGUCACAAUCGUACAUGCUGACAACGUCUACAUAAACUACGAUUCAGAUGCAGAGUCCGUUGCCACCUCCAAGCGGCCGAUAAAAAUUAAGACUAAGGAUCUCACUGAAAUGAAAGCUACUCACGUUGAGCAGGAGCCGUGUCAAGUCACUCGAACAUAUUCUGCACAAGCGGUACCACCCUGUCAACAACUGGAAGUGAAGAAUCUUCCUACGCCACUAGAACAACAACAGAAGCGUCCCAUAGAAAGGAAGCAAACACCAAGGCGAGUACCACAUAGAACGCCGCCGAAGGUUUUAUCAGUACGGACGGUCUCUGCGACUCCUACUAGAAGGUCAUUGAAGCGGACACCAUCUAGAACACCGUCAGCAUUAAAGAGGACGCCAAUUAGAACACCCGGUAAGAAGCCAUCAAGCCGAACACCCUCUGCACCACCACCCAAGUUUGGGAUAACAAAACGGACGGUAUCUACUACGCCUUCAAAAGCGUCCACAACCCCUUCGAAAACCCCUCGAGGGAAGAAAACCUAUAUAAAGGAAACAAUAGAAACGACAGUUACGACGACUACAACACAAAAUGUUCCAGGGAAAUCUCCAAAAACAAAAAAGGAUGUGAAAAGAACGACCAAAGUGAAUAUCUAUCCAGAAAGCGAAUAUCCGGAGAAAGUUGGGGAUGUACCAAAGACAGAGAUUAUUAGUCACACGAAGUUCAGCACGUCUGAUAAGCACAAGCAGCAGAUGCCUCAGACGUCUCAGAGGAGCAGUGCUGUAGGCUCAAGUCAAUCCCUGAAGAAGUCACAACCAAAAUGGAAGAGCUCCGAUUCAAGCUCAUUAUCAUCGAGAAAAGCGCCAGUAUGCAAGGACACUUCCAAAAAACCCCCAUUCUCAUCCACAGCACUUGUGCCCUGUUUUACCAGCAGUCAGUCAGUGGCAGAAGGUGAAAAAAGGCCUCUUCCCCAGCCUAAAGAUCCUUACCGUCCUGGCAAAACGCCAGUCCUCAUUCAGCGAGCCAGAGAAAAUAUAGAGAAAUCGAGACAGCAAAUGAAACAAAGUGAUGAUGAGAGGAGAGCAUCAAAGAAAUCCGGAAAAAGUCCUACACCUUUCGCCCAAGUGAGAAAAGGAGAGGGCAAAUCACCUAGGGCUCCAGGCCGAAUGUCGUCAAAUCGCACGCCUGCCAGCACCACUGGAAGGCUUCCCUCCGACAGAUCAAGUGGUAAACCGGUGACGGCAUCAACAGACACGGCCAAAGGAUCGACAUCAUCCGAUAGCAAAUUUGUGUAUUCUCCUCCACGUGGAAAACCGGUAAUUCGUGUUGUGAAGAAGUCAUCAAGGGUAAGGCACAGGAAAGUGGAAAAGGAUCCAGAUCUGAAAACAGCAAGAGAAAGCGAAUCCUACUUGGAACUGGCGAAUCGGUGGGCGGUGGCAGGACGAAAACUGAAGCAAACGCCGGCUAAACUGGAAAAUGUGUGUAAUCCUUCAGGUUGA